CCCAUGGAAAUCUAGCGCAAAGUGGAUCCCUGGACAUACAUCCUAUCCCUCCCCAGCGCGGCAACCAGGCAAGACGAUCUCUUCCUCUCUGUCUCUCUCCCUUUUGGUCUCCCGAUACCCUGUGAGACUCUCCGUAUAUAACUCCUGGCAGUCCCCGACUCUGGAACUCUAUUCAUGCCUUUUUGUCUCGAUAUCGUCCGAGCAGAGAGAACACACCCCUGCUAGUUCCGAUCCGAUCUUCGCUUCUCCUCCGCCAGAAGCCCAACUAAACACGCCUGUGUCUAAUACUCGCCUUGUCAAGACCACGACAUCUCUUUAUCUAUAAUCCACCCAUAACAUACCAUCACCAAUAUUCGAUUCGACUAAAUAUGGAUCACGGCACGAUGAAUAUGGCCACCACCACCGCCGCCAUGGCUGCCACAGGCACCAUGAGCAUGCCCGCCGCGACUAGCAGCAAGGCCGCUAUGUCCAUGGGAGGCAGCGGUUGCAAGAUUUCUAUGCUCUGGAACUAUAACACUAUUGGAUCUUGCUUCAUCAGCAGCUCCUGGAAGAUCACCUCCAACGGCAUGUUCGCUGGUUCCCUUAUCGGCGUCAUCCUUCUCGUCAUCCUCCUCGAGGCCUUACGCCGCGCCGUCAAGGAGUACGACCGAUACCUCAUCCGCACCCACAAGGCCCGCUACGCCGACGCCGGCGCCGCCUCCCCGAGCUCCGCCAGCGCCGACGACCACGCCAAGGGCCCUUCGUCCUCCGCCGCCGCCGUCCGCUCCAACGUCAUCCCGCCCUUUCGUCCCAACGUCUUCCAGCAGGCCGUCCGUGCCCUUAUCCACGUCUGCCAGUUCGCUGUCGCCUACUUUGUCAUGCUUCUCGCCAUGUACUACAAUGGCUACAUGAUCAUUUGCAUCUUCAUCGGCUCCUACAUUGGCGCCUUCCUCUUCCAGUGGGAGACCCUGUUUGACGAGCCCACCUCCGCCGCCAGAGAGGCCACCGUCUGCUGCGGUUGAAUGUCUACAUUGUCUUGGAAUUCGGUCUUGCGAGACAUGAGACGACGUCACUGCGGAGGAUCCAUAAUAAUAUACCCCACGCAACAUCCAGUUGCCACGAUGCUUUUCAUAAUACAACGUCAAUAGA